AUGUCCAGAGAAAACUUCCUGAUAGAUCGCUCUUCUCAGUACAAGGACUUCAUAAGCCCUUACAAAGUUGUCCUGUUGGUUUUUCUCCAAGAACAUGCAUAUGUCCUAGAUACAAUGUCGGAUGAUAAGGCCUGCGAUUUAAUGAUCACCAUACUUAAACUUAUUCAGGAGCCAGACAUGAAUUUAAAAGAUCUUAUACUGGAGAUUUCACUAGUCCUUCCUGAAGAAACUUACCAAAAGAUCUUAAAAAGCAUACAUGACCUGUGCACAACCGGGCCCGACAGCCUGUUCAACCUGAUGCAGCUGGCUCCGACCACAUUGUUGACCACGCCCCUCAGUACCCUGGUCAAGGGAGCAUCCAUUUACACCACCUCCACUGACCCCUGCCUCAAUAAGUCUUCCAUGUUGGAGAUAUCUAAACUCUACAAAAAACUCAACAGCAUGUACAGGCGGGCUCUAAACGUCAAUCAACUGUCCGAGAUUGCCGACCACAAGAUGGGGGAGGAGUCAUUCCUAAGUAACAGCAGAUGGGGGCGUGGUCUAGAAAAUUGGAGCGAUGUGAUUGGCCGGCUGGAUUUCAGGGCCAGGAGUCUAGAAUGUCACAGUGAUUUAAUUGGCAGGCAGGAUUCUGGUGGUGGGGAUAAGUUUGAAAGUGUUUGCCCCGGUGGGGUCGGGGGUGGAGGAGAGGAGGAAGAUGAUGAUGAUGGCUUGCCGGUUCUUAAAAGAUAUUCACACAGGCAGGCUGAUCAAUUCAUCACCCAGCAAGCCAACUUGUUAAGUAGCAACGAACUGUAUGCUUUGCCACCGAAGGAGCUUCACAAGAAGUUGAAUGAGUUACUAACGCCCAACAACGAGUUCCCUGAAGCCCACUACCUGAAGUUUAUGAAUUUUCUGAGGGUGCGAGAGUACAACGAAACCAUGAACUGCCUCUACAACUACUUUGACAGAAACCUCUGCUGCCCCAGUACUAAUAGUAGUAGUAGUAGUAGUGGUGGUGGUGGUGCUGGUAAUAGUAGCAAGAAUAACAAGAGCUGGCUUCAAAAACUCGGAAUGGAGGAUUGCAGCGGCGAGAGGAUAAACGAGUGCGGCAUCAUAAUCAGCCACAACAACGUCAGCAGCUGCUGCAGUAGCCACAACAACGUCAUCAUUCACAGCAACAACAACGACGACGAUGUUGGCAAUGAUGUUGGAUACACACUCGACAAACUAAUCAGAUCCUCUAGGGAAUUCGAAUUGCCUGAGCUGACCUCGUUGGCCUGCCAAUCGUACGCCAAGCAUGCUUACUUCAAUGGCGCCAAGCCGGAAAUAGUGAUGAAGAUGAUGAUGCUGAGUGACACCAUCAACUCCGAUCAUUCACUCACUGAUAUCAUCUGUGUGUCCUUAUCACAAAAGGCUGCACUUUGGAAUCUCUAUGGCUUUAACGAGUUAUGCAAACUCAACUGCCUGGCCUUACUGAACAUGCCAAGUUUCACCACGUCGUCCUCAUCAUCGCCGUCAUCAUCAUCAGCAUCACCAGCCACCCGCCUACUCACCCUUCAAACAACGCCCACUGUCUAUCAGAAUGGAGAGAGUGAGUGUCUGGCUUUGUGCCACCUCUGCUGGAUGCUUACUGAACAGGGCAGCUACCCCCUUGUGGAUGAGUUGAUGAAUAUGGUGAAGAGUAGAUUUCCCCAGAUGAGCAACUACUCACACAUUUGGAUGUUCUGGCAUCAGCGAAUCACAUUUGAGAUAUCACUGAGGCGCGGAGAGUUUAGCCAAUCGGAAAAGGCCAUUCAGAGUAUCGCUCACGUGAACGGAUUGGAAAGCUCUUAUUGCCGCUGCUUGUACUAUUUUGAGACUGGCCAAUCACACAAGUGCCUGCAACUGGUUGACGUUCUCAUUGGUCGCUGCAAAAAUAGGUCAUAUUCAGUGCAUGUCAAUCAUCUUUUAAUCAGAUGCCUCCUUCUGAAGAGCCUCUGUUCCACCACCAGCCAAUCAGAUCCGUCGUCGUCGACCACCCAGCCAAUCAUAAAAGCUCUACAGCUCACCAACAAAUAUCAUUAUCACUACCUAGGUGCCAUGGCCACAUUACACCUGGCUCACUAUCAGAUGCGUUUAAAAAUCUACCACAAUGCCCUCGAACUCAUCCAGAGAUGUCUGCCGACCAUCCUCCAAUCAUCUUCAGUCUUCGAUCAGGCGCGGACCCUUUUCCUCUACGUCCGCUGCAAAAUGGCCGCCCACUUCCGCCGGAAUUGGAGCUGCAGUGGCGAUGAUGGUGGUGUUGAUGAUGGUGAUGAUGAUGAUGGAGUGAGGGAGGAUUUCGUUGAAGAUGAAGAUGAGGACGAGAAGAAACAUAAAAUUCUACUGCCCCUGGCGCAUAUAAUGAAAACUGUCUGCGACAAGUUCCUCCAAGUGCAAGCCCACAACAGACUCAAGGACGCCCUCGCAUUUCAAGCCAUGAUGUACAACGAACUUGGCAUGGAGGAGGAAUGCAAUGGAUGCUCUUCUCUCUAUCUCAACAUUUUAAAUCGUCACCAUCAUCAAUCUCAACAACAACAUCAUCAUCAUAAACAACCGCAACAACAACAACAUCAGCAGCAGCAACAACAACAACAACAUCAACAACCGGAACAACAACAACAACAUCAUUACCAUAAUCUCCCGCCAUUUUUCGAAGAUGGCAGCUGGAAUAGAUCCUAUUAUAGCUACAAUAAUGAUUACAAUGAUGAUGAUGAUGAUGGUGGUGAUGAUGAUGUCGGUCGUUACAAUGGUAAUGAUGGCGACGAUGAUGAUAAUAGGUGUUAUUUUGUUGUCUUUUGAUCAAAAAUGCUGACGGAAGGAAGGAAAUAGAUGUUAGUUAGUGUCUGUUGAUUAGUAUUCAUUCGUUCAUUAUUAUUGUUGUUGUUGUUGUGUUGUUGUUGUUGUUAUUAUUAUUUAUUUGUUUACGAUAUAAGUUAAAAAAAAUGCAUAACUAAUUAAAAAUAUUUAACUAUGGUACUAAUUCGAAGUAUUUUUUUUCGUCAAUAAAAUUCUAACUCGUUU